GUAACAUUAAAGCGGUAAACAAAGAUAAUGAUGGCGGACACAGUACCGUAUCCCAGGGAGAAAACUAAACACAUCUGAUCCAGACAUCCAUUCCAAAGCGAGCAUUAUGUUGUUUUCUUUUAGCUAGUGUUUAAGUAUGAGCAGUAAUUGCAUAUACGUGAAUAUACUCCAACACAAAGAUGUAUCAGACACACUGGAUGGGUAUGUUGUACUCGCAUUUCUUCUUGCCUUAAUCCUUACCAUCAUUAUUGUAAUUCUGUUGGUGAGAUACGUUGUGUUGCAAUUACAAAAGCAACGAGACAAGGAGCAGCGUUUGAAAGAAAACAGACAUUUGCGUAAGCUAAGAAGCUCAUCAGAAAAUGAUGACUCCACUGAUGAUUAUCAAUGGUCCGAUUCAGAGACUGUUGAUUUAAAUGCUGGGUAUGAUGAAUUAGACAUUGACAAUGAAAGUGAUAUGUCGAUUGACAAUCUUGAAACAAAUUAUAUUCAUAGUUUUACUGAGAAAGAAAAUUUUGAAACAAUAAGUAACAACUAUGGUGAUGUUCUAAUGGAAAUUUGUAAUGAUUGUAUAGAUCUUAACUCGGUUGAACGUAACAAUGCCCCCUUCUUCUCAACCUUUCUACAUUUACAGGAUUCUCAUGACACAGUACACCAACAUUUUCAGGAUUACCUUUUACAAAUGAUUCAACUUCGCAAAAAUGCAUUUUCCUUGUUGGUCGAUCUUGUUUUAGAAAGUCUACACAAAUCUCUUGUUAUAUCACAAGAACUCUUCCUGUUACUAAAGUCAAAAUACAACCAAAAAUUAGAAAUGUGUGAUAGUUUAAAUGGUUUUCAACAAGUAUUUGCCACAAGCCUUGUCGUCAAGGAAAUUACAAAACAAAUAAAUAUAGAUAUAAAAAGUCAUAUAGAUGUAGAACAUGUAAAGAGACUCGAUCAAUGUUUGAAUGUAUUCUUCACAAAUCACUUGGACUGUUUAAAACUUUUUUCACUAGGUCUGAAAAAUAUAUCUGAAGAUUGUAACUUUUUUAAAAUGAUCCAGCUGCAGUGUUUUCAUGGUGUCAAUAAAAUACUCACAAUGGUAAAGUACAGAAUAUUUUACAUUGAUAAAGCGAUUUCUGAAGUAAGUCAAACACCUGAUGUGAAAAAGAUUCUGCAAAACCAUCAAACAAAGUUGACAUCUGUCCUUGAUAAAGCAGACAUUUUUUUAAUUAAACAACUGCAAGAAAUGAUGCGUGAGGUCAAUAAACAGCGUCAACAUCACCUUGACCAAUUAACACAAAAGGUUAAAACAGAUGAAAUUAAUUUGAAACAUGAAAUUCUCAAAACAGAUGGGAAGAAUCUUGAAGAUAAACUGGAUUUGUUUCAGCAAUACUUUUUGACUUUAUAUUCGACUGAGCUAGCAGAACGAAAUGACCUGCUGCUUAAACUAGCAGAGUACGAGGAUAAAGAAAUUCGAGAUAUUUUUACUACAGUGCAAAAAUUCCUUAUGCAAAAUAUAAAUGAAAAUGAAGAGGAAAUGUUUUCUGCAUUGCAAAAUGAACUUCACUUCACCGAUGAUCAAGUGUUAUCCAUUAUCGAAAAUGUCCAAAACUUACUAAAGGGUGUUAAACAAAAACAUGCCGAUAUUAGUGCAGACAUGAUCAGGUCAUGUUUAGAAUCAAACAAAACUCAAUCAGUUACCAUAGCAGCCAUGGUUGACCACCUAAUCAAACAAGUUUCACACGAAUUUAAAUACUUAAUAAAUACUUCAAGUAAUUCAAUCAAGCUUUUACCACCAUUCGACCAAGAUGACUUCACUGUAAAUGUAAGCUUAAUUAGAAAUGAUCUAUCGGUUGCUGCUUUUGAUAUGGUGGUGGUGGUGGCAAACCACAUUAUUAAUGCUAUUAAACAAAGGGAUGUGAAUAAGCUGGAAAAUACAAGUGAAUGUUUUUCAAUUUUAAAUAUUUUAAAGCAAGCAAUACUUAGUGAUAGUGAAGAUGAAACAGUGGAAAUUGCCUUUAAAGAUCUCCUUGGAAAUUUAAUUAAACUUCAUGGUGUAAAAUCUGAUGGUAUUUCGUAUGUUGACAUUCACCAUAGCUAUCAUUUAGCAUUGAUGAAUACAUUUCAUAAGCACGUUUUUAAGCCUUUGGAAGAUAAAAUUAAUAAUUAUUAUUGCGAGACGAUACUAAAGUUUUACAGCUCGCAUAUGAAUGUCUAUAAAACAUUUCAAAAACUACUUAAAAAACAACACAAAACUCCAAACCCACUGAAUGACGAAAAGACGAAGAAAUAUUUAUCCAGAAAGUCGUCAUCGUUUAAAGAGAAAAGUAUAGAAGAAGAGUUGCUCGACAUUUAUGUAAGUCACGUGAAUAUGAGGAAUAAUAAACACAGUGAGACUUUCCAGCUGUUGCAAAAGAACGCAACAGUUGCCACUUCAAAGGCGUCAAAGUCUACAGCAAUGGCGUGUAUCCAGGUCUUUGAGGAGGUUUCUGAAUUCAUUGAAAUGGAUAUUGCAGAAUAUUUAACAAGUGCAUUUGAUACCGUGCAGCAUUAUACGCUCGAGAGAAUGUUGAAAAAGCUUUUGAAAUAUUCAGAAGAGCUUGAUAUCGCACCCAGCGAUGGAGAAGAUGUCCAGAAUGGCGCUACUUCAGAUAUUGUGCCAAAAUAUUCCAAAACGAAAUCUAAACUGUUAUCGAAGCUGGAACAAAGCGAGAAAAUUGAGACGAGUGGUAAAAAAAGUUCUGUAAUUCGAACAUUGAAAGAAACUAAACAUCGUGGUCGAAAUGUUAUAAGUCCGGUUGGCUCAGCAACAAAUUUACAGAAAAAAUCGAAACAACACAAAAAUAAAGGCUCCGCAAAAUUAAAACGUUAGGAAAAAAAAAGUAGGAAUUGAAUAUAAAUCAUUAUUUAUUAUAAUUUAUAUAAUAUAUAACCAUUUUUUCAUCAAUUAUUUAAUCCGUAUAUUUAAAUGGUUUAAAUUUGUACAUUUUAUACUAAAGCUGAAAUGUUUUUUUUUAUAUGAUAGAUAUCAGCUGUUUCUGUUACAUUGGCGCUUUCUGAAAUUUUUCUUUGUGUAAUCUUUUUUUCAUUUCAAAUUUUCUGUCAAAAAAGAACUACUUAAAGCACUAUAACAUAUGCGAUGGAAUUUUUUUCUCAAUUCAAAUCCUGGUAUGUCAUGGUGCGUUGCUUUUAGAUGGUUUUUUGACAAGACUGAACGCUGAUUUAUUAAUUUUAUCGCGUGGGGGUAAACGGACGAGAAAGUUUAUCCCUGCGAGAGUUUUUGAUGCAACAAUACAUUCAAAUAUAUGUAUGUAACAUAACCUUUUUCGUUAAUUUAAAUUCUAAAGGAAAUCAAAAAAGGGACUUUAAAAACUGCCAAUUUGGGAUCCUGAAAGGUUGUUUAUGAAUCUUAAUGACCGAAAGGCUAAUAAUAAUCAUCGAAAGAUGAUAUUUAUACUUUUUUAUGUAUUUUUCAUUAUUAUUUUUUUUUUUAAAUUAUUAUCAUUGUCAUUUACCAAAUAUGGUUGGUAAUUAAAAAUAAUUUUUUGAAUUUUUUAAAGUAGUAUAAUGAACGUGACGUAAUUAAAAUAUGCACAGGUUGUUUAUGCUUUAUGCUAAUGUAAAUAGUAUUUAUUUAUAUCUAUAUUAUUUAUAAAUUUUCAAUAUGUUGUUAUUAAAUAUCAGAGACGAUAUUUUUUUGGGUUACUGCUGUAUUGAUUGGUUUGGAAAUGCUUAUAUUAGGUCACAUUUUAACCUCUUCUGCUGCUAGUUUGUAUUGAAAACAAAUCUGUCUUCUUGAACGUUCAAC